UGCUGCUGCCUCUGGCUGCGGUGCACAUCAGCAGCUCGGACCCAUCACUGGCGCGCCGCACAGCGGGCUUCUUCAUCUCGCCGAGGUCGUCCGCUAGGCGCAAUUACAACGAAUUAUAACGUGAACGCAGAUAUAAAUCACGGUAUUCGCUCUACCGCUUAAACGAAGGCGUUUUCUGACAACAUGUUAGGACAAAAGAAGACAUCGCUCUUCCAACCUCCAGCCUUCAUACCGUCCCAGGAUUAAUCUUUGAGCUUGAGCUCCAUCCGCCAGACCGCCGAGACGUCGACCGAGAAGGGGGCUCUCUUGUCGCCGUUAACCGGCUCUCUUCUCGCCGUUAGCCGGCUCUCAUUUCGCCGUUAGCUGGCUCUCUCUCGCCGUUAGCCGGCUCUCUUCUCGCCGUUAGCUGGCUCUCCUCUUGCCGUUAGCGGGCUAAGCUAGCUAGUGUCCUAGCCGAGAGCUCACAGCAGACACCGUUCCAGGCUGGAGGAACACGCACAUAGCUAGCUUCCUGUCGCUCUCAUCAUCACACAUUGGAUUAAACAACGGCGUGGCAUUCAAGGAUGCGGAGGUUUGCCUACUGUAAGGUGGUGCUGGCCACCUCGCUGGUGUGGGUGAUGCUGGACAUGUUUAUCCUGCUGUACUUCAGUGAGUGCAACAAGUGUGACGACAAGAAGGAGAGAGGCCUGCCGGGGAGAGAGGACACUCUGACCCGGCCCCGGGACGGGCCCGGAGAAGGGGGGAAGCCUGUGGUGAUUUCCAAGGACAACCAGGAGAAGAUGAAGGAGAUGUUUAAGAUCAAUCAGUUCAACCUCAUGGCUUCAGAGAUGAUCGCUCUAAACCGAUCGCUGCCCGACGUCCGUCUGGAAGGGUGCAAGAACAAGUUGUAUCCAGACAAUCUCCCUCGCACCAGCGUGGUGAUCGUGUUCCACAACGAGGCCUGGAGCACGCUGCUGCGCACAGUCCACUCGGUCAUCGACCGCUCGCCACACUCCCUCCUAGAGGAGAUAGUGCUGGUGGACGACGCCAGCGAACGAGACUUCCUGAAGCGUCCCCUAGAGCAGUAUGUGAGGAGGCUGGAGGUUCGCGUCAGUGUGAUAAGGAUGGAGCAGAGGUCUGGGCUCAUACGGGCUCGCCUCAAAGGAGCAUCUAUCUCCACCGGCCAGGUCAUCACCUUCCUGGAUGCCCACUGUGAAUGCACCACAGGUUGGCUAGAGCCUUUGCUAGCACGCAUCAAAAUAGACAAGCGGACGGUGGUGUGUCCCAUCAUCGACGUGAUCAGCGACGAUACGUUUGAAUACAUGGCGGGCUCCGACAUGACCUACGGCGGCUUCAACUGGAAGCUCAACUUCCGCUGGUACCCCGUCCCGCAGAGGGAGAUGGACCGCCGCAAGGGAGACCGCACGCUGCCCGUCAGGACCCCCACCAUGGCGGGGGGCUUGUUCUCCAUAGACAGAGACUACUUCCAGGAGAUCGGCACCUAUGAUGCUGGCAUGGAUAUCUGGGGAGGAGAGAACCUGGAGAUCUCCUUCCGGAUCUGGCAGUGCGGUGGAACCCUGGAGAUCGUCACAUGUUCUCACGUGGGUCAUGUGUUCCGCAAGGCCACGCCCUACACCUUCCCCGGGGGCACGGGUCAGAUCAUCAACAAGAACAAUCGCCGCCUGGCCGAGGUGUGGAUGGACGAGUUCAAGAACUUCUUCUACAUCAUCUCUCCUGGCGUGACCAAAGUAGACUACGGUGACAUCACGUCUCGGUCGGCUCUGAGACAGAAGCUUCAAUGUAAACCCUUCAGCUGGUACCUGGAGAACGUCUACCCGGACUCUCAGAUUCCCCGCCACUACUACUCCCUGGGAGAGAUCCGUAACGUGGAGACCAAUCAGUGCCUGGACAACAUGGCCCGCAAGGAGAACGAGAAGGUCGGGAUCUUCAACUGCCACGGCAUGGGAGGCAACCAGGUCUUCUCUUACACGGCCAAUAAGGAGAUCAGGACAGAUGACCUGUGUCUGGACGUGUCCAAACUCAACGGGCCGGUCAUGAUGCUCAAGUGUCACCAUCUGAAAGGAAACCAGCUCUGGGAGUACGACCCUGUGAAGCUGACCCUGGUGCACGUGAACAGUAACCAGUGUCUGGACAAGGCCAACGAGGACGACAGCCAGGUGCCCAGCGUCAAGGACUGCUCGCACGGCCGCGCCCAGCAGUGGCUGCUGCGCAAUGUCACGCUCCCGGAGAUCUUCUGAACACCUUCCCCGCACGCACGCACACACACACACACACACACACACACACACACACACACACACACACACACACACACACACACACACACACACACACACACACACACACACACACACACACACACACACACACACACACACACACACACACACACACACACACAGAAGCCCGAAGCGAGUGGGGCAGCCACCCAGCGGAGUCAGGAGCCAGGAGGACAAACGGGACGGUACUACCUCUGGA